AUGAUACUGAGAAUAUUUCUGCUAAUCAACGUUGCGCGCGGCCAGUUUAAUUUUAACCCGCCCAAGAUCAAAGCGGUGAAUGCGAUGUGCUCCUCCGAGGGCAUCACAGCGUCGCUUGAUUUUGAUCGCGCGUUUAAUGGCAAGAUCUACUCGCUCGAUUAUGCAAAUGUACACGAGUGUAUUUACUACAACACGAUGGAUAUGGAUACUGUACUAUUUUCUAUACCCGCUCAUCGGUGUGGGACGAAGUUGUCGAGGACGACGAGGAAUGUAAUCGACCAAAUGGAGAAUCGGGUUUACGUCCAGAUGGAUAAAGACACUCAAACGGCCGCCGACAAGCAGUUUUCCUUUGUUUGUCAACUCGCCACUGUUGAAAAGGCCGCGAAUACGAAUUCAGCAGAUCGGGGACUGGAAAUUCGGAGGCAUCCAAUUUCUGCUCCACUCGCUGCCCAAGAUACUUACGAGGCUAUGACUCCGAUACAACCUACAGUACAGCACGCUCCCUCAAUCGAUCCCUACCCCAGACCCCCUCAAAACAAUUUUGUUUAUCAGGAAAGCCCUGCUCUCUCUGCGCAGACAAGCCAUCAAGUGGUCCCGACAGUAGCUGCAGUCUCCUCCUCAAACUCCCCUUUUGGCAAUUGGCCAAUACCAGGGUCUGUCGGGUACAACCCAGGUUUUGGGACGAGAUCAAGCAUGCCCAAGCUAAUGGUACCAGAUCCGAUUGUGCCAUCGACUGGGAGGCUUUCUCAAAGUCCCGCUUCAAACUAUGCUAUUGAGCACAAUUCUAUUGAUGGGCAGAGUUUUGCGGAUAAGGAGCGGCAGCUUUUAGGCAUCGCCUCUCAAGACUCUUUCGCUGUGGGACCCGGCACCUCCAAGGCAGGAUCUGUUUCCGGAAUUGAUGCGCUACGAAAUGUACUUGCUACUAAGGGACGAAUUGAUGGUGCGGAAGCUUUAAGGACGCUACAAGACCAACAACGACUCGAAGGGAUUCAAUUCAACCCAUUAGUCGGGGUAGGACUGGAGCCGGCUUCAAAUAGACCGACUGAAAAGGUUGAGGCAAAACCUUGGGCUGACGUCGUGGUACCGGCUUCUGUCGAUGCUGGAAUGAUACCAAAAACGGCAAUGUCGCUAGAUAACGACGUCCUAACCCAUGGCUACCCACUUCCGGCUGUCAAACAGCAACCAGCUAUAUUAAUUCCAGUUGCAACUAGCCGAAUGCCGCCCGUCAGCGCGGAGGUCAGAAGAGCACCUCCCAUCCGCCCGAUGACCCCACCACCCCAAACGUUCGGCUAUCAAACCCCUCCCACAUAUCGGGGACCCAUCCAAGUGGCUCCCAGUCUGGACCGCCCUGGCUAUGCUGUCGAAGAUUUUGAGCCCCCACCCCCACAUCCACCCCUACAUCCGCACGUAUCUUUUACAAAAGACGAAUCCCCGGAUGAUGGCCAAGUUCCGGUCGAUCGAAUGAUAGCCACGCAGAAACCGGAAACGGUCAAGCAAGAGGUUUUCCUCGAAAUCCAACUCGGAAACGGUCCCAGCGCUCCUACGGUAUCCAGACCAGUCAAAAUUGGAGAGAACAUUACUUUAGUCGUACGCUCACGAUCGUUAAAUAAAGACCCGAACUUCUACGAUAUGUUCGUCCAUUCCUGUUUUGCCACUGAUGGACCGGGCACUACAAAAAUUGAGCUGAUCGACAAGGAUGGUUGCGUCACCCGACCGACAGUGGUCUCGCCGAUGGAGCGGAGGAAGGACAGCAGCAAUCAGCAGAUAUCGUACUUCUUCAAGAUCUCGGCGUUUAAAUUUCCGGGCCCGGAUGAUGUGUACUUUUCUUGUUCUGUCGAGUUGACACCGCAGGAAAAGGCGAAUGAAAUCUGCGCGCGUGGUAAAAAUAAACGUGCAAGAAGAGCAAAUCGCAUUGUCGAUGGUCACACCAUGCGAUUAUUCGACAACGUCAAAAUCGAGCUAGAAGACGAAUAUGAGCGUGAUAAACGAGCCGCAGUACGCGAAGAAAUCACAGCGCUUCACUGCAUGACCUCAUCCGUGUUGACCGCCCUCGUAUUGGUCGGCGCCAGUGUAACACUCGCCUUCUUCGCCUCGGCCCUCACAGCCAUGCGCCUCCAUCUCCAGAUGAAAUAUAUGAAAUCCAAAUCUGAAUAUCCGGCUAAUAAGCGG